CUUUCGAUCUGGUCAUCGGCUCAUCAUCGUCAUUAUUUCUCCCAUUCACGGCAGCUGCUGACGCUCUUUUCUUAUUCUCCUCCGGUUCUCCGAGAGAGUUCCAAUGAUUCUCCUGCAGUCACCCUCGCGAUUCCUCCUCCAAAUCCUCCAGGAUCGCCUCCUCAGCCCGGACAAAGGCGUCGAUCUGGAUUGCCACUCCGUCGAGUUCGAUGACGUCCGGUACCAUAUCCAGUUCUCGAUGAGGAAUCCGCACGUGGUGGUGCUGUCUGUUUCCUUGCCCAUCCCGCCGCCGGAGGCUAUUUUCUUUGACGGGCUUCCUUUUGGCGCCAUCGAGGCCAUCAAGGCAGCGUAUGGGGCUGUGGCGCAGAUUCUUGAUCCCCCCAAAGAUGGGUAUAAUCUAACGAUGAAGCUCAACCUGUCGAAGCUUCCGUCGGAUGAAGAACAAAGGCAAGCUCUUCUGGUAAAAAUUGCAUCUGUGAGAGAAGUUGUAUUAGGUGCUCCGUUGAGAUUUGUUUUAAAGAACCUUGCAACAAAGACAGUUGCACCUGAAAUGGAUCAACUUAUCGCUCUUGUGCAUCGACCUAAGGAGUCGUUUUUCCUACUUCCUCAGCAGGCUGAAAAAGUAACGGUUGUCUAUCCAAUGAGGUUCCAGGACUCCACUGAUAUUGUUUUGGCAACAUCGUUCUUACAGGAGCUUAUUGAGUCGAGGAGAACGGCUGGACUUAAUAAUGCACCUUCUUGUAUGUGGUCCCCUUCUCCUCCUCUUGAGUUGAAAGGAGCACCUGCUCAAGCGCUAACAGCAAAUGCAGGAUUCGUUACUUUUGUGAUUUUCCCUCGUCAUGUUGAAGGAAAAAAAAUAGACAGAACUGUUUGGAGCCUUUUAACAUUUCAUGCAUAUGUCAGUUAUCAUGUAAAGUGUUCAGAAGGUUUCAUGCAUACCAGAAUGAGACGACGUGUGGAGUCACUUAUUCAGGCUUUGGAUCGUGCUAAACCAGAAUCAGAGAAGUCGAAGAAGUUGGUGUCUGGAAAAUCCUUUAAGCGCCUGAGUCUGAAUGAAGCUCGUAGCAAUUCAAAUUCUUGACAUUCUGUCGCAAAAGUAUGAGUUGCAAGGUGUUUUUCCCACUUGCUUAAGAAAUGCUAUUAAGAUGCCCCUCAAAGCUUAAGGUUGACCGCCACCCAUUUUUUCUUGUACAUUAGAUGUUUGUAUACUGUGACUAAAAAAUUUUCCGCUUAACUAAAGCCUUUUUGUCUGAGAUACUGUAUCUUAUAUUUGUAGCAGUUUCGAAUUCUCAACUCGCUGACCUUUUGUCAA